AGUCUGGGACCAGGGCAGGAGUCCAGACGAACUGCCCGGAGGAGGCUGCUGCUGGCCUGUGCAGUCGGCCUCCUCUUCAUGGCUGGAGAGGUCAUCGGAGGGUACCUGUCCCAGAGCUUGGCCGUGCUCACUGAUGCAGCUCACCUCCUCAGUGAUGUGUGCAGCGUGCUCCUCUCUCUCUUCUCCCUCUGGCUCUCCGCUCGAUCGCCCACUGACACCAUGACCUACGGCUGGCACCGCUCAGAGAUCUUGGCCAUGCUUCUGUCUGUCCUCUCCAUUUGGGCGGUGACAGCUGCUCUGCUAUGGGCCGCUGUGCUCAGACUCUCAGAGGGACAGUUCCACAUAGACACCAAAAUCAUGCUAAUAACAUCAGCUUGUGCUGUUCUCGUCAAUGUGCUGAUGGUGUUGAUCCUGCACCAGCCUGGCUCCUCCCACAGCCAUGGUUCUGUCCAAUCAGAACGGACUCAAAGGGCGGCCCGUGGCCCCUCUCGUGGAAACAGUCCGGUCCAGACUAAUGCGAGUGUGAGAGCUGCGUUCAUACAUGUGCUCGGAGACCUGCUGCAGAGUCUGGGGGUGCUACUGGCAGCUGGUGUGAUACACUUCUGGCCUGAGUAUAAAGCAGCCGACCCUGUCUGCACGUUCCUGUUCUCUGCUCUGGUUUUGUGGACCACUAUACCAGUCAUUAAAGAUGUCCUCAGAGUGCUCAUGGAAGCGUGUCCAGAGCACGUGCAGAUGGACUCUGUCUGUGAGAUGCUGCUGUCUGUGUCUGGGGUCGUGUCUGUGCACAGUCUCAGAGUGUGGAGCCUCAACCUCAAUGUCCCCCUGCUGUCUGCACAUGUUAUUACAGAUGCAGAUGCAGAUGCCCAGCUUGUCCUGAUGAGAGCGUCAGACCUUCUCCGCUCCGAGUUUGGAUUCUCCAGCGUCACGAUUCAAGUUGAGAAAACUGAAUCGUGACGCAUAUCAGGAUCUGACCAUA